AUGCCGAAACAAUCAACCCAUGCUGAUCGUGUGACCGUCGUCGCAUUGAGAGCUUAUACGACGAAAACGUCUAGUGAGAUCGCGAAGAUAGUAGAUCUAUCAAUUGCUACUGUUAAUCGUAUAUACGCGCGUGCCAUUGAGCGUGGUUUCGAUCCGAUUCAUACAAAGAUCAUUGACGAAUACGUACAAGAUAGUCCUCGCUCUGGUCGGCCAACUAAGCAGGAUCCUCAGACGAUUAAUACAAUCCUGUCGAAGGUGCGCCUCGAUCGCUUUGGUCGCGAGAAAACAUGCGCUGAUCUUGCUGGUGAGCUUAGCCAGGAAGGGAUAGAAAUAUCAUCCUCUACUGUCUGGACAAUCCUCAGGAAGGCCGGUUUACGGAAGACGAAGCCGACGAGGAAGCCUGGACUGACGAAGAAGAUGCGCGCUGAGCGAUUAGCUUGGUGCUUAGCUCAUGAGCACUGGACUAUUGAAGAAUGGAAGAAUGUGAUUUUCUCUGAUGAGACCUCGGUGAUUCUUCUACAUCGCCGUGGCGGUUAUCGUAUCUGGCGCUCUAAGGAUAAAGCUUUCCUACGCUCGUGUAUUCGCGAGCGCUGGAAAGGUUCGUCCGAAUUUAUGUUUUGGGGCUGUUUUACCUACGAUAAGAAGGGCCCUUGUCACUGUUGGUGCCCUGAAACUGCUAUACAGAAACGUGAAGCAGAGCAAGAGAUUGAAGCUCUUAAUCGAGAGAUUGAACCGAUUCUACGCGAGCAGUGGGAGCUUGAGACUGGUGUUACGGACCCACUUCGGUUGAAGAAAAUAAGUCAACCACGACCAACCGAUCUGUCAAGAUUGACACACACGUGA